UGCACGGCCACACGGAAAUCUAGUCACAUGAUAAAUUCACCUGACUUGGUUUGCCUUUAAACUUUGUAUCAAAGAAAACUUCUUAGUGUCACCUCAAAUUGUUAAUAUUUUGGUUCACAGACCAAUUUAAGAACACCGAAAAAUGAAAAUCUGUGGUCCGAAGUUGUCCCUGUGCGGUCUGAUCAUCUCCGUUUGGGGUAUUGUCCAAUUGGUUCUUAUGGGUCUAUUUUUCUACAUCAAUAGCGUGGCUCUUAUUGAGGAUUUACCCCUAGAAGAGGAAUACCAUUCCUUAGAAGAUUUUUAUGCAGCCGCUAAUAGAGCGUACAACCAGAAUGCCUACAAUUGCUGGAUUGCUGCAUGCAUCUACGUGCUUACAUUGCUGGUUUCCGCACAACAAUUUUACAUGAAUAGUAGAGUCACUGUCAACUAAAUUCUUCAAAUGUAGUUGCCUCAACUACCUUUCAUUUUCAGUAAGCAAAAAAUUCCGUACAUUCUCUUGGGCAUGCGCCAUCAAAUAGAGUACUCAAAUGUUUACUUCGAUAUAUUGUCUAGAAGAAUAAAAAAAUAAAUUGUUUCUGAGUUUAAUAUAAA